AUGGUGUUUCAAGGGCUGUCUGCAAUCGAAGACGCUCUGAUCGAUGGCGUGGAAAAAGCGGUCACCGAUUUGCUUGGCGCCGGCAUAAAGAUCUGGAUGGCGACCGGCGACAAGUUUGACACGGCUUACAACAUUGCCAACAGCCGUUCUGUGCUCGCGGUUGGCGACGGCGCGAACGACUGCACCAUGCUCAUUCAGGCGAACGUGGGCGUGGGAAUUUUGGGCAACGAGGGACUGCAGGCUUAUUCGCGUCGAAUGAUUGACAUCAACUUGCUGCGCGUUCACAAAGGCGGAGACUGCGAGCUGGUAAAGGCAAGCGAGGUGCGCCGUGGUCGUUCCGGCUCGCUCAUCGACGAGAUCGUCGCGCUGGACAACGCGUGGGUCAAGGCGCAGUUUGAGGUGGACAACGCGAGACAGAAGUUCAAUGCGUUGAACAAGAUGAUCGCUACCAAGAAGAAGCAAAAGCAAAGUUGUGAAGAAGAAGUGCAGCAAGCCAUUGCGUUAAAGGCUGCGCUCGCGAGCGAGGAAGUCCGCUGCAGCGAACUGCGCGCGCAGCGCGACCAGAAGCUGGCGCGCGUGGGCAAUGUGUUGCACGCGUCGGUGCCGACGUCAAACGACGAGGCGGACAAUAAACUGAUGGUGCUCUCCGGCGAGCCGCGCGUGAAGCAAAUAACGCACCAGCCGGGCGGCUAUGCGCACUACGAGCUGCUCGAGCGACUCGGCGGCGUCGAGACCGCAAAAGCUGCUGCUAUCGCGGGACACCGCGCGUACUACUUGACUGGCUACGGCGCGAUGCUCAACCAGGCUCUGUUCCAGUACGCGGCAAGCUUUCUGCGGCGGCAUGGCUACACGAGCGUGCAGACGCCGUUCUUCAUGCGCAAGUCUUUCAUGACUAAGGCCGCGGAACUGGAAGACUUCGAAGAGACGCUCUACCGCAUCCCGAUGAGCGAAGAGCGCGACGAAGAGGACUUGUACCUGAUCGCGACUUCAGAGCAGCCGCUCUGCUGUCUCCACGCGGACCAAAGCUUCAGAAACUCGGAGCUGCCCAUCAAGUACUGCGGCAUGUCGACUUGUUUUCGCAAAGAGGCCGGCGCGCACGGCAAAGACAUGAAGGGCAUCUUCCGCGUGCACCAGUUUGAAAAAGUCGAGCAGUUCGUACUUUGCGAGCCAGAGCAGUCUUGGGAGAUGCUCGAGAGCAUGAUUCGGCUGAGCGCGAGUUUCUACGAGUCGCUGAACAUCCCCUACCGCGUCGUGAGCAUCGUCUCCGGCGCGCUGAACAACGCCGCGGCCAAGAAGUACGACCUCGAAGCCUGGUUUCCGAGCCACGAAGACUUUCGCGAACUGGUCAGUUGCAGCAACUGCACAGACUAUCAGUCGCGCGCGCUGAACAUCAAGCUUGAGCAAAAAGCGUUCACCUGCCUCGACAAACAGUUUGUGCACCUGCUCAACGGCACGCUCUGCGCGACCGAACGGUCGAUGUGCUGCUUGCUUGAAAACUGGCAGACCGAAACCGGCGUCGAAGUGCCUUUGCCGUUGCAGCCCUACAUGGACGGGCUCACUUUCAUGCCGUUCGCGCAGUGA